UAUCUAUAAAACCACCAGAGUUCGUCGGUUUCAAAAUGGCGGCAAAUAUUUGUGUCAAAAAAAGAUUUUGAAAGAAAUGUAGUGUUGGAAAAAGAAUUGCGUUAUUUUAUUACAUGAUUGUUAAAUAAGAGACGAAAGGAAAAUGAGAAGAGUCAUUUUAUUUCGCAAUGGGACAAGUACAGAUGGAAAAGUUGUUAUGCUAAGCCAUUCUCUUGAAGAACUCCUUACCACAGCUAGUAAUAAAUUUAAUAUAAAAGCAAAGAGGCUGUUUACCAUCCAAGGUGGAGAAAUAGAUGAUCCUAAAUUAAUUCGGGAUGAAGAUAUUCUUUAUGUUUCAGCAGGAGAACCAUUUAUACCAAUCGAGAAUAAUGGACCUAUAGCAUCUAGAUGUAAUGUAGAACAUUCUUCAGUUCCUUCAGCUCCUCUUGGAAAUCCUGAUUGGGUUUUAUUAAAUGUUGGUGGUAAAUAUUUUGCUACAACUAGAAGUACUUUAGUUAUUAAGGAACCAAAUUCUAUGUUGGCUCGAAUGUUUGCUGAUGAAGAAGGAAAUACUUUAUGGCCAAGUGCAAUUGAUAAAAAAGGAGCUUUUCUUGUUGAUCGAAGUCCUGUCUAUUUUGAACCUGUGUUGAAUUAUUUAAGACAUGGACAGCUAGUUUUAGAUAAAAAUAUUAAUCCACAAGGUGUUCUGGAAGAAGCUCGGUUUUUUGGAAUAGAAUCUUUAGUGCCAUCUUUAGAAGCAGCUAUUCAAGAUGAACAAGGUCCAACAGAUCAGACACCACUUUCACGAAGAGAUGUUAUAAAUGCUCUUAUUUCAACACCUCAUACAGCUGACCUCCGGUUUCAGGGUGUAAAUUUAGCAGGAGCUGAUUUGUCACGCCUAGAUUUACGACAUAUUAAUUUCAAAUAUGCCAAUCUUCAUCGUGCAAAACUAACAGGAGCAAAUUUAAGUUAUUGCUGUUUAGAAAGAGCUGAUCUUUCUUUAGCAAAUUUGGAAGUUGGUGCUUUCAUAUUUUCUGGCACUAUUAUGCUAGGAGUGAAAAUGCUUUGUGCUAAUUUGGAAGGAGCAGAUCUGAGAUCAUGUAUACUAGAAGACCCUGCUGGAAAUAGAGCCAAUAUGGAAGGUGUUAAUCUUAAAGGUGCUAAUCUUGAAGGCAGCCAAAUGUCUGGAGUCAAUUUAAGAGUUGCAACAUUAAAAAAUGCCAAUUUACAAAAUUGUGAUUUAAGAGGUGCAGUAUUAGCAGGAGCAGAUUUGGAGAAUUGUGACUUAUCUGGAAGUGAUCUACAUGAAGCAAAUUUACGAGGUGCUAAUUUAAAAGAUACUGCUUUUGAACUCAUGUUAACUCCAUUACACAUGUCUCAGGCAAUACGUUAAAAAUUAAUAAAAUUAUUAUGGAAAAAGAUUUUCAAAAUAUUUUGAAAGUAUAACUAUUAUAAAAGAAGAAUGGUUAUACUCUACUGUUAAAAUUGUUAAAAAAAAAAAGUUUUAAUAAUCAUUCAAGAUUAAUAUUAUUACACUGUUAAGCUAAUUAUUUUUUUAUGUCAUUACUAUCUUGAGCUAACACAUCUAAUGAAAGCAAUACAAAUAACCCACAUUUUAUAAUAUAAGAGUCAACACAAAAUGAUUAUAAUUUUGUUUUCCUGAUUUAUUUUUUACAGCGAUAGAUAAUUUAUAAAAAUUAAUAUUAAAAAAAUUUAAUUUUGGUCUUUACAACACUUCCAGUGAAGAAAAUGCUUUUUCUUUUUUUUCUUUUUUUUAAUCUAGUCAUUUUGUAAAAAGUAAUUUCAUUGAAAAUUAGUUUGUAAAGUAAUAGAAGUUAUAAAAUAUAUACUGUUGUGUUCUGUUGUUUUAUACUUUUGUGAGAUUAAUAAACUUCACUGACAUCAUAUCUCAUAGUGAAAAUCAUGUAUAAUAUAAACCAUAGCACAUUACUUGUAUAAAAAUUGUUCAUAGUGGUCUAAACCUUAAAUGUAAUAUAAAUUCAUUUUAAUCUAUUCUAUAUUGUUUUUAUAUUAUAAUUAAGAGUAUUUAUGCAACUUAUUUAUCAAAUAUAAUUCAGUAACAAAUUAUGUAGCAGAAUCAUAGAAUAUUUAACAAAGUAUUUAUUAAUUUAUUAGUUAGAUGCACUUAAAGUUCUAUAUUUUUUUGUUUUGAUGUGGUAGCC